AAACAAUGUAUUUCAUUCGCUUUAUUUUAACCUACUAGGAAGUUAACUCUCUGUUUUUGCUACGGUGGUUUAAAAGUGAUUAAAAGGAAUUUGGGGAAGAUAUGUAAUUUCUGAGGGAAUUUCUAUUAAAAGAUUAUUGGGAAGAUGACAAUGAAAGGAACUAAUUUUACUGUACAGAUAUUAACAUUAUUUGUUGUUGGAGUAAACGCAGGAUUGCAAUUUGACACUGCGAGACAACUACCAGGUCCAUUAACUAAUUUUGUAUCCCACGAAGGCAAAUUUUUCAUCGGAGGUACAGACAGGCUCUACGUACUGAACGAUAAUUUAGGUAUUAUUCAGACAGCAAAUACUUGCAACCUUUCAGCUUUUGAUUGCAAUAACGUGAACAAGAUAUUACUCAUACACAAGGAAUGGUUAAUAACAUGUGGGACUGGUAAUAAUGGAAUAUGUGAACUUAGAAAUACAUCGGAUUUAACGUUGAUUUGGGUUAAUGAUUUGAAAGUUUCAACUGAUAUACAAAGACCAGCUCAAGGUAUGAUAACGAAAAAUGGUUAUUUGACCAUUGCUAUCACAUUUGGAGAAGGUAUAAGGCAGUACUUUAUGUUUGUGGGAGUCACUUAUAAGUAUGCUAUUAGUACCAGGGAAUUACCGUCUUUUGCUCUAGUUCAAACCUUGGAUUCUUCAAGAUAUCUUCAAUUAAUAAUUGAGAAACAUACAGCAGAAGAUUACCUGAUAUACUACAAAGCAAGUUUUCAGAAUAAUUGGAUGACAUAUUUUGUGACAAAUCAAAAGCAGUAUGUAGGAUCAAAAGAAUACAUAUCAAAGUUGGUAAGAAUCUGCCAAAAUGACACAGAUUAUGGUUCAUAUACAGAUAUUGUUUUACACUGUGAGCAUGAAGGCCUAACUUACAACUUGAUUCAAAAUGCUAUUCUUCUUGAUGCUUCAAGUAUGCAAUCAGGCAAGAUUUUUGCCGGCAUAUUUACACGUGGAAAUGAUCCGGAGAAUCCACAAGGCGACAGUGUAAUUUGUGUGACAAAUCUACAGUUUUUAGAUAACGCAAUCAUGGAUGCGAAGAAAGCGUAUGCGGUUUCAUGUGAAAGCGUCGAAAAUGCGAGACGGUACCUUCGAUCGUAUAAGGGGGAUAUCUGUUUAUCUGAAGAGAUUUAUAGAGAACUGGAUUUUAACUGCAACGUUGAAUUGCCGCUGUUUCGCUACGUUAUAGGCAAAAAUGUUUUUGCAAUGCAGUCAAAUAUCAAGUUCAUGAAUAAAGAUGGUAUCAUUACAACAAUGUAUGGGACAAUUUACGACGGCAGACCGGUUGUGAUGUUAGGUACAUCAACUGGAAAACUUAUACAAAUGAAUCUUUUGAAAAACCUUUCACUAGAAAUCUACGCAAAAGAGGUUGUUGAUGACUUUCUUCCAAUCAGGGCGAUUUACACCAAAGAUGAAAAUGCGCUUUAUUUGAUGAAUAGCCGCCGCAUAAUAAGUUAUUUUAACACUAACUGCUCGGAAUGUCAAACUUGUGCUGAAACAAUGGCCGUGAGAAAUCCUUUAUGUGGGUGGUGUAUAUUUUCAGAAAGAGCUACGAGACAUUCGGAGUGUUCCAAUGCUACCGAUUACUGGUUGUCGUCUCACCAGGAAUGCGUGUUAAUUUCAGUUGAACCACCGGGAAUUCAUUUCACUACAUUGUCCAAACAUUCAAAUCUAACUGUCACUAUAACAGUUCAAAAUUUUCCUGCUAAGCAGGACAACGGAAUAUACACUUGUAGGUUCCUUCGAGGACUGCACUUGAUUAACAUUACGGCAGCUCAACAAUUAACUAUGAACACGGUGUUCUGUGAAAUACCUCCAGUAUCCGUUCAUACAGAAGCUGCUAUUGAACUACUACUGAAAACCAAUUUAGGAACUACAGCUGUACUUUCUUCGGCACCGUUCUUAUAUUAUGAAUGUGGUUACUUUAAAAGGUGUGCCGAAUGUGUUAGUACUAAUGGUGCGAACUGUCACUGGUGUUCAAAAACUGCAACCUGUCAAAUGUCGAAUUCAUGUUCUGUGGAGUCAGUCUCGGAAAUCACUGCUUGCCCUCAAGUACUUGACCAAAGAGGAAGCUACUUCAUACCAAACGGAAUUGAAACUGCUGUAGAGAUCAAGAUUGCGAACCUCGUACUAGAUCCAACGCUCAUCUAUAAAUGUAUCGUACCGGAGGCGUUGCAUGAGGUUCGGGCUGAUGUUAUUGCUAAUAAUUCCAUCACAUGUUCACUUAACAUUUUGAUGUCUGGAAGUGGCAAGAAACAUUACAGAAUUGUUAUAUCAUAUGGUUCACAAAAUGGCAUGUUAGCUGAAAUAAACGACGUAUUUAAUAAUUCGGUGACAGUGUACAGUUGCCAAGAGUUAUCAUCGGACUGCAGUCACUGCCGAGCUUUGAAUAAAACACGUUAUACUUGCGACUGGUGCGGAAACAGCAAGUGUAUUUACAGCAAAUUAAGCUGCCUGUCUAUAUGCCCGGCACCUAUCAUCACAAAGGUUAUUCCAAAAGACGGUCCGGUGCAAGGAGGAACUAAGCUGACUUUAUCUGGAACAAAUUUAGGAAGGAAUGUUUCGGAAGUUGAAGGUGUAACAGUUGCCGGUAGACAGUGCUCCUUAAGUAGUUUUUUAGAAGAUUACGAUGUCCCUCACAGUGACGAUUUUGAAACGCAGGUGCCGUCAAGGCUGGUAUGCACAACGGGGAAAGCAAGUGAUGAAACUACAGGAACAAUUGACGUAACCGUGAAUGGAAAAACUUCAAUUUCAGAGCCUACAUUUACGUAUAAGAAAGUGAAGGUGACACAUAUUUUUCCAACGUUCGGACCACAAGCUGGGGGAACAAAGAUCACACUUAAUGGCGACAACCUUGGAAUUGGGAACAGGCAAAUUGAAGUAGUCCUUGGUUCUAAAUCUUGCAAGCAAGCUCUCGUUUAUCCUAACAUAUCACUGAAAGAUGAUUUUCGCGGUAACUUUACAGUGGAAUGCGUUGUACAAAGCUCACUCAAGAUAUACAAUGUCACUGGAUUAUUCUUACAAAUGGAGGACAUGCUAGUUCUCUCUAACUCAACAAUUGCCUACAGUUAUGUUACUGAUCCUGUUGUUAAAGCGGUAUCACCACUGACAGGAUUUGCUAGUGGUGGUACUAAGGUUACGGUCAGUGGAAAGUAUUUGGAUAACGCACACUAUUCAUUUAUGCAGACAAUGUACAAAGAGGAAUUUCAGAUGGAGAUUUGCGAAAUAAAAUCAUCAGAGAAAACGUUAUGCAAGGUCCCAGAAGCACCACGAGCGAUUAAACAUUUGAUACUGGAACAACUGGAGACAUGUUUAGGCUGUGUAGAACUUACAGCGGUCAUUGGCUUUGACGGUGUAAGACGAUAUUUUACAAUAACGUACUUCCCAGAUCCAUUGAUUCACAGGCUUCCCGGGGAUGGAAAUGUGGUGACACUCGAUUCCAAUAGUUAUCGACUAAAAAUCAAUGGUGAAUAUCUGAAUCUUGUUGCAACAACCUCCGAUGUAAGUGUCACAGUUGGCGUAGAACCAUGUGCAGUAAUAAAUCUGACAUUAGUAUCAAUUCUGUGUAUUGCUCCUGCAACAAAACCGCUACCUGGAAUACCUGGUGUAGAAAACCCGGAGGUUAAUAUAACAAUUGGUAACAUUCACAGAACAGUUGGUUAUGUACAAUAUAAAGAAGAGGUCAAAACAGUUCAAACAGUUCAAAAAGUUGAUAUAGUGUUUUCAGUGGUGGGCGCUUUAGCUUUCAUAGCACUGGCUGUUUUUGGUAUUUUUCUCAUAUAUCGAAAGUACAGAAAAAUGCAGAAUUCAAUUCGAUAUCUUGAAAGAACUAAAACAGAGAAUGAGACAACAGAUAUUGCUAUGGAAAUCAGGUACACAACAGCAGCUGCUGUAACGGGCAAACAUGAAAGCACAUUAACCUAUGAUGACAUUUCGGAAAACGAUAUGGUCACAGACAAUGAAUUGCCUCGGGAGAAUGUGUAUGAAAAAUUAGACGGCUAUCUAGAAUCACGCACGUACCUUCGGUUAAAUGUAGAAAAUGAACCUUGUGGUGUAGAACAUUUGGGAGGAAGUGGUUCAUCAAAGGAAUGUAACCUCCAGGAUAAAGACUAUAUUCAUCCUACGAGUGAUUCAAGCUCGUAGUAACAAUUCUUAGUAGUAGUGGUUUUCAAAUGUAGAGAAUGUACAGUAAUUUGUUGCAUUAGAAGUGCCCACAGUUGUUCGUAUGGUUAAUCUGUUGAUAGAUUGUUGAAUAAAUUAAGGCAAUGGAAUACUUUUCAAAACCAGCUUUAAACAGGCUGUAAGUGAUUCAAUGUGAACAAGGUAUCCUGAAACAAUUACCGAUUGAAUUUGAUCUUAAAUAUUUACUUGAACCGUAUUUCAUUUAUUCUCGAACUUCUGUCUUAAUAAGAAUGACUGAACUAAUUUAUCAACAAGAAUGAGAGAACUUGUCACUUGUUUUAAUAACUAUUAAAGUCUACUGAUUAAACGAGUGUAAAUGACGUCAUAGACACUUAAAUUAAUGCCUUAAUAAAUAAUCAAUCUUUGUAGAACAUUUAAAAUUAGUUCAAUAUCCAUCAUAAAAAAAAAUUACAAAAGUUAAAGUUUCACUUAUACAAAAUUGAAAACCUCUAGUUCAUUGUCAAUUAAUGAACAGAUAUUGCUAUUACAGAAAUGACGUUAGAAGAAGGCGCUUCUGUUAUAAAAGCGUGUAUAAGUUUCAUUGAUGUGUAUCAAGUAAUGGAAACAAAAGCUUAACAAGUUAUAAAAACGGAUUGUUUACAUGAAUGCCGUUUCUAAAUUUUCUAUUACAUUGGUAUCUUUAGCUGUAUCUUGCAAUGUUCUAUUGCCUUUUCAAUAACCAAUCCAUUCAUUGGUCAAGUUGUAAAUUUAGAGGGUAUAAGUUUAAGUCCCGGUAUGAUAAUGGAGGUUUCUAAUAAAAAUAGUUCAUUACGAAUUUUUCAAACCGACUACAAUCGGAAUCGUCAAGGAAGGUUUUGCAGUGUAAAUUAAACUCUGAUAUCUAAUAUUUUGCAGCUGUUAUAUGUAUGCUCUCUAAUAAGUACAGAAUGGAAUGUUUAAUAAAGUAUCGUCCAUUAAACUUUGAAAAGCUAUAUAAUAAUUCAUGUUCUCUCUAAGUAAUGUAAAGUUGUCAUGGUUUUCAGAAUGACUGAGUCUUUUUUUAUUGUAUCUCAUCGUACAUGUACUUGCAUUACUGCCUGUCAUCGAAAAUGCAUAUAAUUUGUUUUAGUUUAUAUUUAUUGAGUAUUUAACAGUUGUAAUUCGUUUUCAAAAUAAUAUGCAUAUUAUUUGUACUCAAUUAACAAUAAUGACGUAUUUACAAAUAGGAUUGUAAUGUCAGGUCCAUAACAUGUCUUGCAGGUUUUCAGAGAUAACUGUUUUAAGAUAAAAAGAAUGUCUAGAUCUAUAAUUGCAAAAAAAGAACAUUUGAUGCUGUGUUUACCAAUACGUUGCAAGAAUGCGGUUUGCACGAAACGAAACCCUACAGAAGUGUAUAUAAAAAUGUGUAUAAUUAACUAAAAUUUACACAAACGUACAUAGACAAAGCAAAAACGAUAAGCAACAAAAACAAAUAAAACAAAUCAAGGAACACAGUGACAGAACAGUAGAUAAAAUCUGAAACCAGUUUAUGGUAUGCAUCAUACUUUACUCUUAAUCCAUCUCGCUGAAAAGACAGGGCAAUGUUAUCAAGUUAACGAAAUAUUGCUAUACAAUGCAAGUCCUCAUACCUGAAGGUGACUCUAAUUAUCUUAACUGCAACAUAACCUUAUGAUAUGAUAUAUGUCAAUGGUGUAUAUACCAAUAUUACUGCUAUACAUACACACAAUGUUUGGAUUAAACUUUGCUUAUAUAAAGAACUACAGUUGUUGUUUUCUUAAAACAUCUAUAAAGAAAAAAUAAAAACCAUUCAUUUGUAAUUUGUUGGGAUACUAAGAGAAACAAGAGCUCGUCGAACACGAAAUGAUCCCCUUGAUGCAUUCAGUAACUGCACAAGAAACAUUAAUUAUUUGGUCACUGUGCAUUUGACUGGACGUUUGACGUACUGACCUUAAAUCAAUAAUUAUGUGUCAUUUACCAGUUAUAAGUGCCUUCUGUAUCAAAUGUGAUCUUAAACCAAAGCAUUCUUUAGUUAUUUGACAAAAUAAAUUCCACUGAUCAGCGUCAAUGUGACCUUGGCCUUUGACCUACUGACCUCAAAAUCAAAAGGGGUCAUCUUCUGGUCAUGACCAACCUCGCCAUUAAGUUUUAUGAUCCUAGGUAAAACCAUUUUUAAAUUAUCAUCCAGAAACCGUUCAACUGUUUUGGGUCACUGUGACCUUGAUCAUUAAUCUACUGACUUCAAAAACAUUAGGGUCAUUUGCUGGUCAGGAUCAACCUCCCUAUCAAUAUACUCGAUCCUAGACCCAAGCGUUCUUGAGUUAUCAUCCGGAAACAUUUUAACUGUUCCAGUCACUGUCACCUUUACCUUUGACCUAUUGACCUCAAAAUUAAUAGGGGACAUCUAUAUGCUGGUCAUGACCAACAUCCGUAUAAACUUACAUGAUCAUAGGCCCAACGGUUUUGAGAUAUCAUCCGGAAACCAACUGGUAUACAUACCGACCGAACGACAUGCGCACAAUAUACCCUUCCUUCUUCAAAGAUGAGGGGGGGGAUGGGGGAAGGCGGGUAGCAUAAAAAUGUGAUGAAAUAUUAAAGGGAAGUAAUUCUGAAAAUAAUAAGGCAACAGGUAUUUUGUAAUUAGAUUCUUUUGGCACAUUAGCUAUAUAUGUAGAAUAUUUAUACAAAAUUAUUCAAAAAUCCAUGCAAGAAAAAUUAAAAUCCGUCGGUGGAUUGUUAAAUUACACACCGGACAGGAAGAAAGUCCUGUUGUUCUUUACCCUUCAAGUGUGACAUUGACCGUGAGAUAGGGGUCCGGAUUUAAGUAUGACAAGCUGUUUUUUUAUGGGCAAAAUUGAUACCAAGUUAUUUAAAAAUCCCUUGAAUAAUAAGAGUUAUAGAUCGGACACAAAAUUGCGGACGGACGAAAUGACGGACGGACAGAAAAGCGUAAUCCUAUUUUCUCCUAAAUUGGUUUUAUAGGAGAGAAUCGCCUUGACGUCACGCAAUAACAUCUGUUUAUCUAGUGGUGGGCAAAACAAAUAAUUUCACAUUGUGUAUGGGAUCAGAAUUUUUAAGUUUUGAUAUUUUUUCGCUCAAAAAGGGUUUUGAAAAUUCAAAAAGAUUUGAAAUACUUAAAUGUUCAUAUAUCUUUUUUUAAAUGAAUAACCGUUUUAAAUAACAAAUAAUUUUAUUGGCGGCGUAGUGUUGUUCAAACCUUUUAGAAAUACGCUGUAAGUUAAGCGUUCAUAAUUAAUCCAUUUUAUUUCAAAAAAACAAAAUAAGUAAUUAAUAAAUUGCUUGUUUUAUAACCUUUCCAUUGAUUAAAAAAAAUAUUGAUAUAAUUUAUGUUUUAAGAAAGUCUAGGCCAUUAGACAAACAUCACUGUUUACAAAAAUAAAAAUUAUUAAACUCAGGGGAGUCAUUGUUUUGUUGCCGGUUUCAAAGCCCAUUCCUUUUUUAUUGAACACUACUUACGCCAGGUUUGGGAAUGCAAUUUUCAGAUUAAUAGUUUUUUUUAUAUUGUUAGGAAAGAAAUUUUAUGUUGAGCCUUUUUUUCAGAUACGCAGGCAGACAUUAUCACUGCAUUCAAUAAUUCAUAUCACUAUAUUGGUGAUAUUGAUAAUAUGGAUAAUCUGUUUUGGCUCAGUUUGUGGAUACUAUUUAUCCCCGGGAGCUUCAGUAAAACAAAACUAACGACUCCAUUUCAUAAGAUGUAGCCCGAGGUACAUCCCAUUCAAAUGGGGAAGUUUACAAUACUAAAAUUAAAUUCACUGCUCCUGUCAUAAAGUAUUAUCAUAAAGAGAGAGAUGUAAAUCAUGUAUGUAAGCCAUACAAUUUCAGCUUUUUAAAAUGUUCUUUGUUAGGUAGUUUCGAUAGUAAAAUGUAAAAUCUUAUCGUGGCAAUACGUCCGUCUUCGUUGUGAAGAGACGAAGUUCAUUACAAAAGCACAACUUGUGAAACCCUGUGAUGGAAGGGGGUAUUGUGGAGGUAAAGCAAUAGGUAUGGCGGCCAAAUUGUGUAAUGCAAGUUGUCAUUGCCGUGUCAAUGUUAGUUCUUAUCAUGAUCCCAGCUAUCAUAUUUUCAUGCCGAUAUUUUUAUUCAUGGCAGACAUAUAUAUUUUCAUCACAUAUUUUGAUAUCUAUUUUGUUAUCGAAAUCCCAACAGUAAUUUGUCUGUUGGUUUUACACUUUUUUAUUUUAUUUAUUUUAUUUGUCACAAUUAUAUGAUACUGUGAGAUGUAUUGUACAUAAUCUGUAAUUAAAAUAUGUUUAAACCGUGCGUUACUACUUAAAACAAUACUGAAGUAUGCAGUGAAAACGAUGUUAUUAUCCUACAUCAAUCUUAAAUUACAAGGUCAGAGUGUUAUAAUAUAUGCACAGUCGCUGAAUUUUAAUCUCCGCAUAUGUUCAAACUUAUAUUGUGGUGUGAACGAAGUUAUCUCCUCCAGGUGAAAAAUCAACGAUUAAUAUCAAACAGGUAAAGCUGCGUUUAAAAAGGAGCUCCUCGCCAAAGCAUAACCCAAUGCACGCGGA